CAAGGAGAUGCUGACGGGCAAGGCUUGCGACUUGGUGGAGGAUCUGGACAUGGAGCUCCUGGCAGAGGAUGGUGGCUACGACAUGAUCUUUGAGAGGUUGGACAGAGGUUUCAAGCACGAGCCACUGACAGAGCUGCCGGACGACUUCGAGAAUUUCUUCGUGAAGCUGCAGCGGCGACCUGGUGAGACCAUGCAGGAGUAUGCGGCGGAGUUUACACGGUCGCAGAGGAGACUGCAGAACACCCACCGGGUGGAGCUCCCCGAGAAGGAGCAACGCCAGAUGGUCCUCACAAUGAUGGGUGCUGACAACAUGACGUUGGGGAGGGCUCAGGAGGCGAUGUUCUUCAUCAUCGGCCAGGACAACAAGGCGGAGCGCCCCCGGAAGGAUGUGUACUACACGAGCAAGUACUGGGGCACUGAGGAGCAUCCCGUGAACGACUUCCCGCAGCACCCGCACGAGAUCUACUUCUACAGUGAUGAUGAAGAGGAGUGGAACGAUCAGGACGAGGACUACUUCGACCAGCCUGUCCAGGACAUGGAAGGGGCCGAGAUCUUUGAUGUGGCUGCCUACAUCAAUGCCAAGAACCAAAUGAACCGGAUGCGAACCUCCCGAGGAUUCUAUCCGGUGGUGGCGAUGGUCGACGCCAGAGGAGGUAGCAGCCGGGACAAGGACAAGGGCAAGGGCAAACGGAUCAUCCCUAGCGAGAUCGGCACCCUCAUCACCGACGACCUCUGCAUCGGCAAAGAAAGAGGCAAGGCUGCAGUGGGCAAACAGUUGUGCUUGCGAUGUGGCCAGCUUGGCCACUGGGCAGCUCCUGCAAUCCCGGACGAGCCACGAUGCGCUUUUGCAGCGUUUGCCGGAACUUGA